AUGGGACAGUUUCUUGCUGAAGCUUACUGGAUUUUACUUGCAUCAUUAAAAAAACAACGAAGUCUUCCAACAUCAGAUGAAAGUCGAUUACCAUUACCUAUUGUUAUAUUGAUAUUGCUAAUACUGUCUGUUGCUGGUGGUUUUUUAUUUCAUUUUUGGAUUGAUCAACGACCUAUUAUUCCAGCAAUUUAUUUCAGUUUUAUUUCAAUCACAACAAUUGGCUUUGGUGAUAUAACACCGACACCGGAUGGCUGGUUGCAAACUUCAGUUGUAAUUUUUUAUCUAGCUACUGGAAUGGUUGUUAUGUCCACUUUUGUUGCUGCUCUGUUGAACUAUCUUAGGAAGUUACAUUAUCUUGGUCGUAACUUUAGCGGAGCUGCUCAUGUUGAGGUUUGGUUUGGUGGCACCAGAAUGUCUAUUGCUGAAUUAUUACAUAUUGUUGCCAGUCACUUCGAGGUAUCACCAAAAGUACUCUACGACGUUCUACGCGAUUUAGAUGACAUAAUAACAGCAGCAACUGAGUCGCAAUUAGGUUCAAAUACUGAAGUUGAUCAAACUUUAACGUCAACUGGAAGUUUUUCGGAUGACAAAGCUCCAAGAAGGAGAAGCAAAUUUGUUCGAAUAAGAGAUGAGAGUGUACCAUCAGAAAAUAAGGUUAGUGUAUUUUUUAGUUUCCUUCAACUCUUUUAA